AAAGGACUUUUGCGAUUUCUUUAUCUUUCGAAAACAACUUAUCGCAUACACUAGAACAUAUUAAUGUCAGCGCCACGCCUCUAUAAAAGAUUAGUAUAAUAAUAUCAACGUAAACGGCACUUGACAACCACCUCUUACUUGAUAAACAAGUUCCUUGGCAAAUUUUCUUAUAAAAAAAAAUACUGCAUUACACGCGCCGCACCGUAAGAGUAAUUUAGCCAAUUUCUUUGUAAUCAGUGAACAAUAUUGUGUUAGUGUAAGCUUAACUUUGAUUUAAGUGAACUAUUUUAUAAUUCAAAAGUUUUGCAAUGUCAGUGCUAAAUAACAUUAGUGUUUCUAUAGGUAAAGGAUUGAGACGUUUGCGGAAAUCAAAACACCUAAAUGGGGCCAUUCGCAGCGCCAGCACGGAGCAGCCUAAGCUGCAUAUGGACAAAUGCCUCAUAGUGUCUAAGGUCACCCGCUACGAAUAUGAGAAACACAGUCUGGAGGACAUAUCCGACGCUGAAUUGGAAGCUGUUCUUCGAAAGCGAGGCUCAGAUUUUGACGCAAUGCUUCAAAGUCAUAGAGAACAGAAGGCUUUCGAGCAAAGUGUGGCCAGGAGUCUGAGGGAGAUGGGACGAAAAGUGGAAAUGGCUAGCAGAUUGACGUACAACGAGGAUCUGAUAAAGUGGUGCGACGUAGUUGUACCGUGCGGCGGGGACGGCACUUUCCUUCUCGCUGCUUCUAGAGUAAGGGAUGCUAACAAGCCAGUGAUCGGAUUCAACAGCGCGCCGCACAAGUCCGUCGGCCGCCUCUGCCUGCCGACCUGGUGCUCGAAUGAUGUCAAAGGUGCGCUCCACGCUUUGAAGGAGGGCCGGUUCACAUGGAUGCGGCGUUCGCGGAUACGAACGACAGUCACCUGCGAGGCCAAACUAUUGGACACCAUUACACCCGUUGAUCUUCAUACGCUACACUAUUGCAGAUAUUCAGCAGUCUCCCAACCUCUGGACAACCCAGAAAACCCACAAUCAUCAGCGCCCGAUCGGAAACAGUUCACUAAAGAGCAGCGGAAUUCGCUGCUGCAUACUAAAGUGCUACCGUUUUUGGCCCUAAACGAGGUAUUCAUAGGCGAGAGCGUGACAUCACGAGUGUCGUUGCUCCGACUUCAGAUAGACAAGGGCGCGUGGACUCGCACGAAAAGCUCGGGACUUUGUGUGAGCACGGGCACGGGCAGCACUUCGUGGCAUUACAGUAUAAACUGCCUCCGCACCCACUCUGUGCUGAAGCUGAUGAAGAUACUCGCCAAGGAAGGCAUAGCAGUUGACACUACGUUGGAGAAAGCGAGAGAGGUCGCAGAGAAAUAUAAUCAGAAGCUCAUGUUUGCAGCCGACUGCGACAAGCUAGCCUACUCCGUCCGAGAAUACAUAACAUUCGAAGAUUGGCCGGUACCAAAAGGGCUGCGGGUUCGCGACCGUGUCGACACAGUACGGGUGAAAUCACACUGCGUUGAUGCUGGUUUGGUGAUCGACGGGAGCGUCUCGUUUCCCUUCAACGACGGCACGGAAGCCCUACUUGAGAUACACCCCGAAGACGCCCUUAUGACUGUGCAUAUGGAUGAUUCGUUGCCAUAUUGAUGUUUAAGGUAACCUGUAGAUUGGAGUUAAAUUAGGCUACAAUUAGGUGCCAUUAUAUGAUGCGUAAAAUACAAAAAAACCGGCCAAGUCCGAGUCGGACUUGCGCACGAAGGGUUCCGUACCAAUACGCAAAAAACGGCUAAAAAAUCACGUUUGUUGUAUGGGAGCCCCACUUAAAUAUUUAUUUAUUCUUAUUUUAGUAUUUGUUGUUAUAGCGGCAAGAGAAAUACAUCAUCUGUGAAAUUUUCAACUGUCUAGCUAUCACGCUUCAUGAGAUACAGCCUGGUGACAGACAGCCGCACAGACGGACAGACGGACAGUGGAGUCUUAGUAAUAGGGCCCUUUUUUCACCCUUUUACGUGUACGGAACCCUAAAAAAGACGGUGACAAUCUUUCCUCAGAAGUUGAUAGAGUUAGACCAAGAUAAGUGGAACGAUCUUGAUAGUACACACAGUGCAAGUGUUAUUUUAAACGUCAAACUUCUAUGAAAUUAUGACGUAUAAAUAACACUUAGUGCAUGUCGCGUGUGCUAUCAAAAUCGUUGCGGACUUUUCUUGGUCGUUGAUGACUUUGAAUUGAGUUAAAGAUUGCCUUUAAUUUUGUAACCGGUUACAAAAUUGACAUUUUGUGGCCAAAUAUCGUAUCUUAAGUUUUCCACAGCGCAGGUGUUGUUAUUUCACAGAAAACACCCAUUUUUAACACCUACGAAGUAGGAAAUAAUAAUCCCAAUACUCCCAAUUCGUAACUAGUUACUAAAAAGGAAUAUUUCAUGUCAGUUUCAUAACCAUUUUGUUAAUUAAAUGCGCGGAUGCUAAUGCCACUGCAUUGCAUGAAAUUCAUAAAGACAAGGUGAAACUGGCAAUUUAAGAACAUUAAUAUAAUUUUUCUUACUUUACCUAGGUAUCUUCCCGUACCGCAUUUCUGCUUUUAUGAUUUCUUUGCCAAACCUAGGAAUAUUCUAAAUAUUUAGAUAAAUAAAAGUUUAUAAAUAGGAAUGAAUUUAUUUAUAAAUAAGGCUAGUGUAAUGUCAGCGAGUAUAAUCAUUAUUAUUUUUACAAAUACCAUCAUAUCUUAAAUAAAAUAUCUUGAUUAUUUUACGCCAAAAAUCCUGAUACAUCGAUACGACAAGCAUCUUUGUGAAAGUACUCGCUGUUCUAAAUUAUCUCCACCUGUGAUUUGUGCUUACGUUUUUUUUAUAUCCUGAUGCAAGACUGAAUUAUUUUGCAUUGUAAUUAGUUUAUUGUAAGUUUAUUCAUUUAAGAUGUAAGAAGAUAUUUCGAGCGCUGCUAUAAGUAAAACUCACACUCAACUGUUGCGUAUUGUUUUAUAUUACAACUCGCUAUUAAUAUA